AUGUGGGUGACUGCCGUCCCCUUGGAUGUGGAUCCUGGGAUGAUGCAAGUGAAUAAUAAUUUCUGGCAAAUGAAGGCCCUAAUUUUGGUGGGUGGCUAUGGAACACGGCUUAGACCUCUCACGCUGACGCACCCAAAACCAAUCGUAGAAUUUUGUAACAAGCCUAUGUUGCUUCAUCAGAUAGAAGCUCUGAUUGAGGUAGGUGUAAAUGAAGUUAUCCUCGCCGUGAGCAAGUGCGCUGACCGAAGUGAUUCUCUCGAGAGUGAGCUUUUGAGGCACCAAAAACGUUUAGGCACUCGUAUCACAUUCUCCUAUGAAACAGAAGCAAUGGGAACAGCUGGCCCCAUAGCGCUAGCCAAACAAUGGCUGAUUGAGGGUGAUUCCCCGUUUUUCGUGCUCAACAGCGAUGUCGUGUGCGAAUUCCCUUUUGAGACUCUAAUCAAGUUCCAUCAGUCGCAUGGCAAAGAAGGCUCGAUCAUGGUCACACAAGUUGAGGAGCCAUCUAAGUAUGGCGUUGUCGUGUACGAUCAGUUCACUGGACGUGUAGAUAGGUUUGUUGAAAAACCAAUAGACUAUGUGGGGAACAAAAUCAAUGCCGGAAUCUACUUGCUGAACACCAGUGUGAUCGAUAAAAUCCCCCUUCGACCCACGUCUCUUGAGAAAGAGAUCUUUCCGAAAAUGGCCAAGGCUCAACAGCUGUAUUGUCUGACUUUGUCUGGGUUUUGGAUGGACAUUGGACAACCGCAUGACUUCCUGCUUGGAACGAAUUUAUUCCUGAAGUAUCUUGGUAAACAGAAGGGUGAAUCCGUACUAGCUAACGGCCCGAAUAUUCAUGGUCAUGUGCUCAUUCAUCCGAAGGCCACGAUCUCCCCGUCUUGCGUUUUAGGUCCGAAUGUUGUCGUCGGCCCAGACUGCAUGAUUGAAGAUGGAGUACGCGUACAGAACUCCACGCUUCUACAAGGCAGCAUCAUUCGUGCACAUUCGUGGGUUUCCAAUUGUAUAGUUGGGUGGCGAUGCACUAUUGGCCAAUGGGUUCGAAUGGAAAAUGUAUCUGUCCUCGGUGAGGAUGUAAUGGUCUCUGACGAGCUGUUUGUUAACGGCGCUCGGGUGCUCCCGCAUAAGAGUAUCCUUCAGUCGGUUGUAGAACCGCAAAUUAUUAUGUGAGCAGUCUGGUGCCACAGUCUAACAAGGUACACAAUCUGUUCCAAGGUAAUGUCUUCGCGAUUAUUCUCCACUCUCCUGUGAUUGCCAGUCAAAUGGGUAAAUCAUCUUGCAAUUUUUCUAUUCGGCGCUCUAGCGCUAGGCCCAUGUUGGUUUUGUUCCUUUUUAUUAUUUGGCAAUGGCUUAAUUAGCCUAAUUACCGCUAAUUUUGACCGUGUCGUCUACCUGUUUUGUACUGCUAUCGGAUUUUUUCAAUUCCUCUCUGUGUGGUUUCAUGCGAAUCGGUUGUUCCAUUGUGCCUUUUUGAAAAUACAAGUUGUGUUAAAACGCCAU